AUGGCAGCCCCAGACCCCGCCAUUCCGCAUUUCCGCAGCCACCCAUGGGCAAACUCUCUCCUCACCUCGGAAGACUACAAACCAAUCGACACCGACUCACGACGCAUGAAGCCCUCCGGCGAAGACGGCUAUUUCGCCAACACACUCGGCACAAGUACCACAAUCCCACACGUCCUUACACUCCAACGCCGCGAAAUCCCCGCUCCCCCAAAUAAAAUCCCCACCUGGCUCCCCGCAACAAAACAAGAUGCCGCCGCGGCCGCUGCAGCGGGGAACCCUACACCCGGCACAAUGCCCGCGGACAUCAUCAUGAUCUGCGACCUUGCGAGCCCGGGAAUCUCGGGCCACCCGUCGACUGUUCAUGGCGGGAUUGUCGCGACGCUGAUUGACGAGGCGAUGUCGCUUGCUGUCGCGGCGCAUACGUCGUCGGACUCGGGAUCGACGGUCCCGGUCUCGGAAGAGAGUAACCCGCGCGGAAAGAUUUUUACGGCGCAGUUGGAUGUGCGGUAUAAGAAGCGGGUGACGAAUCCGGCUUUGCUGGUUGUGCGGGUGAAGGUUGUUGGGCGUGUCGGGAGGAAGUUUUGGGUUAGGGCUCAGGCGUUGCAGGAGGAUGAGGAGGGGGCCGGUGGUCAUCUUGAGUGGGCGAAGAGGAAGAUUGUUAAGGCAGAUGCUAUGGCGUUUUGGAUUGUGACGCCGAAUGAGAAGCUUUAA